AUGGAACUCGACCGCGACACCUUGCUGAAACUCUACCGAACCAUGACCACCAUUCGCCAUUUCGAGGAACGUGGCGUGCCCGAGACCGGACAACGCGGAAUGUCCUCCUCGGUCCACUCUUCCGUCGGUCAGGAAGCCGUCCCCACCGGCGUGUGCGCCCAUCUGUCUGACGAAGACUACAUCGGCAGCACCCACCGUGGCCACGGCCAUUGCAUCGCCAAGGGCGUGGAUCCCAAGCGCAUGAUGGCCGAGCUCUUCGGUCGCACCCACGGCCCCAACAAGGGUAAGGGUGGCUCCAUGCACAUCGCCGACAUGAGCAAGGGAAUGCUGGGAACCAACGGCAUCGUGGCCGGCAGCGUGCCUCUCGCCGUCGGAGCGGCGCUGACCUCCAAGAUCCGCAAACUGGGUCGCGUGGCCGUGGCGUUCUUCGGCGACGGCGGCGCCAACCAGGGUGUGCUCCACGAAUGCAUGAACCUGGCGUCCGUUUGGAAACUGCCGGUGAUCUUCUGCUGUGAGAACAACGGUUAUGCGGAAUCCACGCCGGUGGAGUACGGGCUUUCCGUCGCCAACGUCUCUGAUCGGGCCGCGGCCUACGAUAUGCCCGGCUUUAACGUCGACGGCAUGGAUGUGCUGGCGGUCUUCGAAGCGGCCGGCGAAGCCGUGGCCCGCGCCCGCGCCGGCAAUGGCCCGGCUCUGCUUGAAGCCCGCACCUAUCGUUACUACGGUCACACGGUUUUCGACAAUCCGUUGACCUAUCGCACCAAGGAAGAAGAGGAUCACUGGCGAGCCCGAGACCCCCUGCUCACGUUCCGCAACCACAUGGUCGCGCAGGGCAACGAAAUCACCGCCGAGGAACUCGACGGGAUGGAUGAGGAAGCUCGCUUGUUGAUGGAAGAGGCGGUGGUUUUCGCCGAUGCCAGCCCGCUGCCCGAGCCCCACGAGCUCUACGAGGACGUGUACGGCGAUUACCCCGUGGAAAUGAUGCGCCGCGGCGCCAACAUGCCAGUGUAA